GACAAAGUAGACGCUACACCUUCACACUCACCUGUGUCACAUAUGAUUGCUGGGAUAAGUUGAGAUGCUAGAUUUUCUCAAUCUGAAAAAAAGUGAAUUUUUGUGUGGAUUAUGUCAUGGAAGUAUCAAAGGCGAAAACUGCACUCCAAAGUCAUGUUCUCAUAUAUUUCACAUAAAUUGCUUAGAGGAUUGGGCUAGUGACUUGGACUCUUCCUUGGAAUUCUCCUGUCCAGUCUCUGGUUGUUCCUUAUCCUUCAGUGAAAUAUUAGUCCGUAAUACACCUGGUGCUGUAAAAUUUACAGUGAAGUCUUUCAAAGAAAACCACCAAUGCCCAAUAUGUUGCGAGAGGAUUCAGAAGCCCGUUGCUACUCCAGAAUCAUGCAAUCAUGCGUUUUGCUACAUAUGUCUAAAAGAGUGGUCAAGUGUACGUCAUGAAUGUCCUCUCGAUCGUGGUGUGUACGAGCUUAUCCUUUUGUCUGACUGGGUUGGGGGCCCCAUCAUAAAGCGGGUCAAUGCACCACCUGUUAAACAGCAACCUUCAGAAACCCCACCAUUGGAAUUAGACGUUAACUGUCAGGUCUGUGAUCGUCCAGAUGAUGAAGCACAUUUGCUUUUAUGUGAUCACUGCGAUAGGGGGUACCAUACUUACUGUCUCCCAACCCCCCUCUCAUCUAUUCCAGACGGAGAUUGGUUUUGUCCGGAAUGUCUUCGACAGGAAGUUGUUCUGCCGGAAACAGUUACUACUAAUGUGACAUCAGUGACUACUACUAAUAGACGUGUUCGAAGAAAUAUUCGGCGAAGGUUGAUUGAUUCUGAGGCAGAGGAAAGUGAACAUGAUGAAUUGAACACUUCUUUAGAUUCAAGUUCCGAAAACCUCCAUUUAACACGUGAGCUUGGUUUCGCUGCCCAGAGGAGGCUUGAAGAGCAGGCUACCAGACGUCAUCGUGGGCGUCGGUUAUUGCAGGAUUUAAUUGCUGACCUAAGUGAACGAAUAGAAUCAGAGGCUUCCGUCCGAGCCCGGCGCCGCCACAGUCAACGACAACGUGUUCAAAACCAGCUUGCAUCAGAAUCCGCUAGUUUAAGUGCAUCUGGUCCAGCACUUAGUCAAUCAACCAUCUGUUUCGAAAUACCGUCUUCGACAAAUCAACCUGUCAGUAUCCGCUUAGGCCGUCCUCCAAGUUACUCAAACUCUUACAAUAGAAGGCUGGUUCAUAACAAUGUUCAAUCAGACUGUAAUGGAGAAUUAUCAGAUGGCAAUCAGUCAGAGCCAACCCGUAAGAGACUACGGAUACUAUCCAGCAGUGAUUCAGAAUCAGAUGAUCAGAAUGGGGUCAAACUUCGUAACCCAAAACUUACUGGUCAUCGUUCUCGGUUACUACGAUCUAGUGAAUCAGAAACCGAAGAGUUUCCUGUCCUAGCUGGCCCAUCGUCUUCUCACAAUUCUAAUGAAGUUCGGGGAAGCAGUAGUGUUAUCCAAACAAAUGCUACUAGUUUUGCAGAGAAUGUACGCAAAAGUACGUCUUCUGAAUCUUCCCAUAUGGAUUGUAUUCAAAAUUCCACCAUUGAAGGUAAAUCUAAUUUAAAAAAUUCUGAUUUCCGUGGAACUACAGGUACUGCUGUAAAAAGGGCACAAAAACGAAGUAAAUCAACAAAAAGAAGGGUCAGAAAACGUUCAUUAAAAAAAACAAAAGGUAAACGUGUCAAGAAAAGAUCACUCAAAUCCAAAACACUUCGGCGUUCAAGAAACAAAAUAAUGCGUAAGAAAAUACAAAGACUAUCUUCGUCUCUGUCGUCUGUUAGUCCGAAACCAUCAACUUCAUCCCGACCUCGAGUUCGAAAUGGUUUAAUAGGAUCCAGUCUACCUAAAUUAUCAAUUUUGGGUAAUGAAUCACAGUGCGAUUUUAGACUUUUAGUCGAUGAAGAGGAUGAUAAAGAAUCAAUUAAACCUCUUUUGCCUACCAUUACUACUAGUUCCAUUUCAAACAAUUCUAUUCCUCAACCGAAUCCUCGAUCAUCUACCUAUCUUAGUGACAUAGAAGCUGGACAGGCAUCGUUGUUUCACUUUUCCACUCGCCAUAUGCAUGUAAAUCCGGAUCAUUCUAUGUCUCCUAUUCCGAUAGCUAAUAACUCAUCCGUUUCCACAAAUAAGGUUGUUAAUACAACUAACGCAGUAAGUUCUAAAUGCUCCUCUGUAUCUACAGUGAAUUCCAUCUCCUCUCCUUCUGCAUCAGAUUGCAUAUCAUCCAUAUCCAAUUCUCCUAUAUUUGUAAAUUCAACUACAAACUCUCAGACCAAGCAUUUUAACAAUACAACUGCAAAAUGUUCUGUUAUCAGUGACCCAGUUCCAUCAACAUCUCACAAUUAUCCAAGUGAAAUUAGUUCUUCACAUCGUGAUUGGAGCACUGAAUCCCUGCAAAGGGUAAAGUCCACCUUGAAACACCAUUUAAAGGCAUAUGUAUUUUCUCAUAGGAUAGAUAAAGAAACCUGUCGAGAUAUUUUUCAACGUUCCUUGAGCAAGAUUAUCAACAAACCAUCGCAUAAGGUUACGGAUGAACGUAUCGCAAAGUUGGUUGAUGAUUAUGUUCAGUAUUGUUUGAGACAUAAAACAUGAAUGUUAGUGUUUUUAUCAAUGUAUUAUCCCUGUAAAGCUUACCUAUUGUUCACUUUUUAGAUUUUUUUUGUCUUUUUGUUUGUAUGCAUCAAAUAUUAUGAAAUUUAUUGAAAUUUUCGUUACGUGGUUUUGAUUGUUCUUAGUAUUAAGGCGG